AUAUUGCCCCCCAAGUGUUUCUAAUCAUAUGAGACAAACAGAAAGGCUAAAAAUACACGGCAUGUUUUUCCAUUCAUAUUUUUAGCGCCAUUUAUGCAAGACCCGUUUCGCUUGAAUGGCCGUCGCACGCUGACGUUAGAUAACAAGCGGCUGUUCACUGACUCGCUUUUGGCUGGGUGACGCAAAAGGUGCCCCUCCUCAAGAAAAAAAGACGACCCACUCAUCUGCAUUCAGCCCUCAGAUGAGACGCUAUUUAAAUGGCUGGAGCUCACACUGGAGCAUCUUUAAAGCAUGAAGACGGAAGGCAGCACGGCGGCUCAAGCGGCACCCUUCGGUGCCCGGACGCAGAGUUUGAUUGAGGACGCCCGGCGGGAGCGAGUCGGGAGUCCGCCGGGGGCGGACCCGCAGGUUUUUGAGGAGAAGGAGGGCCGGGUCACCCUCAACGUGGUGUUCAACCUCAGCAAUGAGAAGAACGUGGGCUUCUUUAAGACAGGCAAAAUAUUUGAGACGUUCGACGCCAAACUUCUUCACGUGGAGAGCCGGCCGGGCAGGCGGUCCAAGAACAGCACGUCCGAGUUCUUGGAGUUCUUGGUCAAGUGCGAGGUGCACAGCUCCGACUUGGACAUCUUCAUCAACUCACUAAAAAGAGUGGUGGACAACGUUAGGUCAAUCCCAGAAGAAAAAGUGCCCUGGUUCCCUCGACAGAUAAAGGACCUGGACAGAUGCAACUUGCUGAUAACCAAAUUCGAUCCCGACAUGGACAAGGACCAUCCGGGCUACACCGACCCAGAAUACAGGAAGCGCCGUGCCUUCAUCUCCGAGCUGUCCUACACGUACAAACAGGGUGACCCGCUGCCCGAGGUGGAGUACACGGCGGAGGAAACAGCCACAUGGCGGCAGGUGUACAAGACGCUGCGGAGCGUUUACCCCAAUCUGGCCUGCCGACAGUUUCUGGACGGCCUGCAGCAGCUGGAGAGCCAUUGCGGCUACGGCGAGGAGCGCGUCCCUCAGCUCAGAGACAUUUCCGCCUUCCUCAAAGAAAAAACAGGGUUCCAGUUGCGUCCGGUGGCCGGCCUGCUGUCGGCCAGAGAUUUCCUGGCCAGCUUGGCUUUCCGAGUGUUUCAGUGCACUCAGUACAUCCGCCACGCCUCGGCGCCCAUGCACUCUCCUGAGCCGGACUGCUGCCACGAGCUGCUCGGUCAUAUCCCCAUGCUGGCGGACAAAGAGUUUGCUCAGUUUUCUCAGGAGAUUGGAUUGGCCUCGCUUGGAGCGUCGCAAGAAGACAUUGAGAAAUUAUCCACGCUCUACUGGUUCACCGUGGAGUUCGGCCUUUGCAAACAGAACGGAACGGUGAAAGCCUACGGUGCGGGACUUCUCUCAUCCUACGGAGAACUGGUGUACGCCCUGUCCAACAAACCCGAGUACAAGGCGUUCAAUCCCGAGGAAGCCGCUGUGCAGCCGUACCAGGACCAAAGCUACCAGCCGGUUUACUUUGUCUCGGAAAGCUUUGAGGAUGCCAAGAUCCAAUUGCGGAAGUACUCGACGACCAUUAAACGACCCUUUGCCGUGCGCUACGAGCCAAUUACGUGCAGUGUGGAAGUUCUGGAUCAGCCCAGUAAGAUCCAAAACGUCUUGCGCAAGACACAAGAUGACCUGAGGAUGUUGCAGAGCGCCUUGGACAAACUCAGCUCCUCCUGAGAAAACGUUCAAAAUGGGAGUCAUACCUUGCUGUUCAUCUCUGCUCCGU